AAAAAAAAAAAAAAAAGAAACGAGUGCGACGAGAGGGUGCGAAAAGAGAGCAGUUAACGGGAAAAGAAGAAGAGAAAAAGACGCGCGACAGUGGUGAAUUCGUUGCCUACGUGAAACGGGCUGCUGGCAGAGGGAGCAGUAACGCUCCGCAAAGUUGCCUAGAUACCGGGCAACACCGUGUUGCGCUCCGGUGAAGUAGGAGGCAGCGAAGGAGGCGGAGGUGGCGGUGCUGCUCCGCGGGAGGAUGGAACGCGCGGUGGACUGUAGUGAGACGAGGAAGACGAUCGCCGGCCAGGCCGCGAACGCAGGUCCGUGGUGCUGCCAAGAGUCACGAUAGCACACCCGCGUCCCUCUCGAAGCCACGAGAGUGAAAGAAAGAGAGCACACGUAGGUCUUAAAUCGCGGCAGCGUGCUCGCGGUUCGAGAAGCCAAUCGCGUAAAGUAUCGCGGCGUCGUUUGCGGUGCUACAGUUAGAACCAUCGUUCCGUCGAACGUUCGCCGACAUUGCCGGAUACGACGAAUAGUUGUAACCCUCACACAUCGCACAGGCAUUCGGAGUAUCGCGACAUUGUUCGCGGAUGUGGACUCUUUUUCUGCGAAUUUUUCUAUCGGGAGAAAUCUUUUUUACGAACUCGCGCGCGCGAGUAUAUCCAGCGUAUCGUUCGUGCCUCUAUGUUGUUUCGCUCUCGCGGCCGGAAAUUCCGAUCGAAUCGUCGAGGUGGGUGUGAGCGAGUAAUAAAGUGAGCCCCGGUGCCGGUCGAGAACGGGGUGAGAGUACUCGUAACGAUGGACGCCGCCGCGUGGGGGAGAGCAGGAGGAUUCGGUGUAGCGAGGGCGCGUAGUUGCCACGGACACCUGUAAACGGCACGAGCCCUCGCAAUUUUCCUUCGAGACGAGAUCUUUUUUGAGACGAUAGAAUCGGCGACGCACGCACGCCGAAUGCACGCCAAAAGGCAAGCUUGUGAAGUACGCGUACGCGUAAUUGACGAACGAUACCGCGUGAAAAAAUAUCGGAUAUAGUCAUAGGAUCCCUCGCGAGAAUGCUCGAAACGCUGAGGAGCAUCGUCGCGCGAACGUAGCGCGUUUUCUCUACGAACGAUAAAACGCCGCCACCUUUCAACGAUCGAGACCUCGCGAAUACGCACAACCGAGAAGCGCGGAAGAACGCUUGGUUAUGACGGCCAAGUCGGGAGGUGCGUUAGCGAGGGCAUCGAGUAUCGAUUAGCAGAUGAUUCGCGCGGAAUUGAACUCGACUCGCGAGAUCUGCACGAUGAUGAUAAUCAGUGACGCAGCGGACGACAAAGCGCUCCCGGGCGAUAUUAGAGCGUAGUGACCGCUGCAUGUAGAAGUGAACACGCAAAAUUGUGCAGUGCAUUACGGUCACGACGGGGCACGUCGGGACCGAGUGAAAGAACAUCGGCGAGUCGGUGUCGAGCCUCGACUUGGGCCUGCAAAAUUCAUCUGCCAUGGCGCACCAGACAAGAGAUCUACCGCAGUUGCGAAUAAAGUUUUAUAAUACGGUCGCCGCCGGUCUCCAAAUAGUCCUCUUGCUCACCGUCCUACCUCAAGAGAGCCUUUGCGGGCGCCACGAGAAACGCUUAUUGAAUCACCUGCUGGCAAAUUACAACACCUUGGAGCGGCCGGUCGCGAAUGAGAGCGAACCGCUGGAGGUGAAGUUUGGCAUCACUCUGCAGCAAAUCAUCGACGUGGAUGAAAAGAACCAAAUACUUACGACCAACGCGUGGUUGAAAUUGGAGUGGACAGACUAUAACCUUCAGUGGAACGAGACCGAGUACGGCGGAGUGAAAGAUCUUCGAAUUACGCCGAACAAGCUUUGGAAACCGGAUAUCCUCAUGUACAACAGUGCGGAUGAGGGUUUCGACGGGACGUUCCAAACAAACGUGGUGGUCACGCAUAACGGCAGUUGCCUGUACGUCCCUCCGGGCAUCUUCAAGAGCACAUGCAAGAUAGACAUCACUUGGUUCCCCUUUGACGACCAACACUGUGACAUGAAGUUCGGAUCCUGGACCUACGACGGCAACCAGCUCGAUCUGGUACUCAACUCAGAGGAGGGUGGUGACUUAUCCGAUUUCAUCAUGAACGGGGAAUGGUACCUCAUCGGUAUGCCGGGGAAGAAGAACACGAUAAUGUAUCAGUGUUGCCCGGAACCGUACGUCGACAUCACGUUCACGAUACAGAUACGCAGGAGGACCCUCUACUACUUUUUCAACCUGAUCGUGCCCUGCGUGCUGAUAUCGAGUAUGGCCCUACUGGGUUUCACCCUGCCGCCCGAUUCCGGCGAGAAGCUCACCCUAGGAGUGACCAUUCUGCUGUCGCUGACAGUUUUCCUGAACCUCGUGGCAGAAAGCAUGCCGACGACUUCGGACGCUGUCCCUUUAAUAGGAUCAUACUUCAAUUGCAUCAUGUUCAUGGUGGCGAGCAGCGUCGUAUUGACCGUUCUGGUGCUCAACUAUCAUCACAGAUCGCCCGAUAGAUACGUGAUGCCAAAUUGGGUGAAAAUACUGUUUCUGCAAUGGCUGCCGUGUGUGUUGCGCAUGAGUCGGCCAGGCAAGAAGAUCACGAAGAAAACCAUUCUCAUGAGUAAUCGAAUGAAGGAGCUGGAGCUGCAAGAGAGGAGCAGUAAGAGUUUACUGGCGAAUGUUUUAGACAUCGAUGACGAUUUUCGCCAUGGAAACAGUGCUGCUAAUCCUGCCUCGGGCUAUAUAAGUAGGUCGGCGUACGGCACACCGCUGUCGGCCAGGCCGGCGACAGUCGAAGAGACUUCGGCAUCGUUGCCUCUCAGCGGCAUGCAGAGGGAACUUCACACAAUUCUCAAGGAAUUGCAGUUCAUCACCAGUCGCAUGAAAAAGGCGGACGAGGACGACGAGGUCAUUAGCGACUGGAAGUUCGCCGCCAUGGUGGUCGACAGGCUUUGUCUGUUCAUCUUCACGCUAUUCACGGUUUUGGCUACGGUGGUGAUAUUGUGUCGCGCUCCACACAUAAUCGUCCAGUAAUAGACUGCCCCGGUCGAACCGAAAAAAAUAUGCACAAAAAAUGCCAGGGAUAGCGCCUCCUGGAAUUUGGAACGACGUCCGAUUUGAGGAGGUGGCUACGGAGCGCGUGGAAGUGACGAGAAAGCGCGGAAAAAGAGAGACGGACUCGUUAGCCCCUUUCGCGCCCUUCUGCGCGAUUCACCCCUUUCGGGAACAAGAGAAUGUUCUCUCGUUCUCGGAUUCCACGCUGGAAAACGCCGCCGGAUUGUGCGCCCGGUUCUUUUGCGCGACGUGCUUUCAUUUAGGCGAGUAAAUAGGCAACCAAGAGUGAGACCACCAACGACGUUCACGAGAAAAGCCACGGGGAGGAUGGACAUGCGGCAGCGGUAGCGGUGGCGGACGCCUCGUCUUUCGAAUGGAAAAAACAUGCUUGGCAAGAAGAAAGAAAAAUGCUUCCGGAUUCGAGAAGAGAGAAAACGAAGGAAGGGAACAAGGACCCGAUCGCCGAUGUCACGCUUCGUUGCGGCUGCGUUCUUUCGUUUAAGUGACUUAAUAAUUAACUAGUUCUACAGUGCGAAACCGGUAGGUAAUUGACGCGCGACGCGAGCUGGACGAAGAUUUAGAGGCUGCCUCUAAAUCGUAGAAGGAAGGUAGGUGCAGACGAGAGAGAGGACGCGCUGCCGAGUUAAAUCUAAAUGCGUGUCGCGGGCUCUUGUCGAUCGCGACUUCGUUCGACGAUCGCCGCGACCUUGUUUCGGCGAUCGGGAUCGAUCUCGAAUUCGACGAGCGAUGCGAUUUCGCGAGAUAACGCGAUAAGUGGACGCGCGACGAGAGUCGACACAUGGCAUCACGAGAGAAGAAGAUCGC